UUGUUGAGUGUUCAUUCGUAAACAUAAACAAGAGGUAACCGGAACAGUAAAAUGUCAGCCCCAGGUACAGCAAUGGACUCGCUAAGUGCUGCACUAAAGUGCAACAUCAUCCCCAAUCAAGAAUAUUUACUACAAGGGUCUGUGCUAGAUCAAUAUGUGGAAGUACUGCUUCAUCGGUUAAGAGGCCUGUGUGACAACGUAGACAGCGGACCAGAAUCUUUUCACGAUCAUGAAUUGUGUUUCACCUUAAGGGCUAACAAUCCUGGAACGACAUCGAUGGCGUUGCCGUUGCGCGUUCGAAGAGCGUUGGAUGUUCAAGAUGCACCAUGGCAAUUACGUUAUGUUGGUCAGCAAGAGUUAGGCGAUAAAAAUAGACCAACUGUUGUCCGCUCUAGUAUUGAUAUGGCAUGCACCGCAACAAUAGUAGAAUUCUUGACUGAGCUGGGUUGCAGAGUUGAUUUUGAAUACACUGCCAGAGGAUACAUGUUCAGGAAAGGAAGGAUGAAGAUUACAGUAUCAAAAAUAUUUAAAGUUGGGGGGAUGCCUAACAAACCUGGGGAAGGAUUGGAACCUAUAUCACAAAGUUAUUUGGUGGAACUGUCUGUUUUAGCACCUUCUGGACAAGAUGCCAUUGCAGAGGACAUGAGAGUGUUUGCUGAACAGUUAAGACCGUUAGUACAACUUGAAAAAAUUGAUUAUAAAAGACUAGGCAAUAAUUAAUUUAUUUUUAUUUAUGUUUAGGUUUGUCAAAUAAAUUUAUUGAACAUUCUGUAUUUAAACAAAUUGUUUGCAAUAAUAAGUUUUAUUAAA